UUCCGGCCAGUUAGUCUAGGCGUUAUGGUAUAAUUGACGGCGUCGCAAUUGUGUGUAGAAUUUUUUUAAGUCAUAAAAACACUGAAAGCUGAAAUUGUAUUACCCGAACGUCGCAAAUUCCAGGACAGGUCACGACGAAAACAUAAACAUAACCAAAUGAUUGGCAAAACGCACCGUGUGGCCGCGUCAUGUGUCCUGCUGGUUCUACUAGCGGCGGCAGCGGCAGCGCAGUCAGCGACGGCGCAAACAGGACUGCGGCCAGGUGGCAAGCUCAUUGAACUGGACGAGGACAAUUGGAACCUUAUGCUCCAGGGCGAAUGGAUGAUCGAAUUCUUCGCUCCGUGGUGUCCGGCUUGCAAGAAUCUGGCUCCCACAUGGGAUCGUUUUGCUCGCGUGGCCCAUGAUGUUCAAGUGCAGGUGGCCAAAAUCGAUGUCACCACCUCGCCCUCGCUCAGUGGACGCUUCUUUGUCACCGCUCUGCCCACGAUCUACCACGUUAAGGAUGGUGAAUUCCGUCAGUACCGUGGUGCUCGGGACGGCGAUGCCUUACUCCACUUCGUGAAGAAGGCGCAAUGGAAGAACAUCGAACCAUUGUCCGCCUGGAAGAAGCCCGACACCAUUCACAUGUCCAUUCUGUCCUUCUUCUUCAAGCUGUCCCACACACUGAAGCACACGCAAAAACUCUUUAAGGACUUCAACGGGCGCCUGCAGGCGGAGUACGGCCUGCCCACGUGGGGAUCCUACGCCUUGUUCGCCAUCGCCACCAUAUUUGUGGGGGCUGCCCUGGGUCUGCUGCUCGUGUGCCUUGUGGACUUUGUGUAUCCACCAAAAAAAUCGCAGCGCCAGAGCUUCUCCGAAUCCCAAGAGAAUCUUGUCGGCGGAGUGGAAGAUCUAGCUACCGAGGAGAUCGAGGAUGACGGUGAGGCCGAUGAGAACGACGAUGAGCAGCAGAAUAGUGAUGCGGAGGAGCAGGAGGAGGAUGAGGACGAGGAUGAGGAAAGCGAAGAGCAGGCGGGCGAUUCACCAUCACAAGAAAAGGAAGCCGACAGCGAGCCAGAGAAGGUCGAGAAGCCAGAUCCCAAGCCGGGUGGCGAUUCUGCCCUUGAAAAGCCAGAGAAGACGGAACAGGUGCGCAAGCGCAAGCCCCGCAAGGGCGACUAGGUGCAGUCAGAUCCCUCCAGGAUCAGCCUUAGCGAUCAGAAGCGGCAACAAAAAGACUAACACACACAGAAUCGAGAAACACGAACCUAUUAAAAUUUUAUUUUAAGCAGAUUCCAACUAUUUGGCGCACAAAUCUGAUUCCUUUACUCCCUUCCCCAACUUAAUCGUAGCCCGAAAACUGAAAAGGUUGGUACUACUUUUCCAGCGGAGACGGCGCCUCAUGUAUUUCUUAUUAUGUAAAACAGUUUUAUACACUUUUAAGCGAAAUCAAGCGUAACAAUAACUAAAUAUAACUUUAGGUAUAUACACUUU